AUGUCUUUUCCUUUCUCCGAAACAAACAUUAUUGAAAAUAUUUCUACACAAAUAAGCAAUUUGUUUGAUAUGGAUUCUACAAAAUUUGAAUCUGAAAUUAUAAAAAUUAAAUCAGUUAUAUUCCUCAAAGCUCGAGGUUCUGAAACAAAUUUUUGGAAUUUACUGAGUGAAGAAAAAUAUCCGGAAUUUCGAUCUACGCUCUCUGAUGACCAUUUGGAGCAGUGUCUUCGAUUAGCAGUUAGCAACUAUUCGCCAGAUUACUACCAAUUGGUCAACGACAUGCAAUGUCACACUUCAACAAUGGCCAGAUCAACAAAAUAA